CUUCACAGUUUCCCGAGCUGCUGGAAGGACAGGGGAGAAAUGUCUGAGAGCAUAGCUGACACAAGAAGGCUCCUCAGCAAGCCUCAGAACUUAAAUGACGCUUAUGGACCUCCAAGUAAUUUUCUAGAGAUUGAUGUGAGCAACCCUGAGACCAUCGGGGUUGGCAGGAACAAAUACACCACGUAUGAAGUCAGACUGAAGACCAACCUUCCCAUCUUCAAGCUGAAGGAGUCUUGUGUACGGAGGCGGUACAGCGACUUCGAGUGGCUCAGAACAGAGCUUGAGAGGGAGAGCAAGGUGGUCGUCCCACCUCUCCCAGGAAAAGCUCUUAUCCGGAAGCUUCCAUUCCGAGGGGAUGAUGGGAUUUUUGAAGACUCUUUCAUUGAGGAGCGGAGACAGGCUUUGGAGCAGUUUCUUAACAAAGUGGCAGGUCACCCUCUAGCUCAGAACGAACGAUGCCUGCACAUGUUUCUACAGGACGAGGUUGUGGACAAGAACUACACCCCAUCCAAAAUCAGACAAGCCUGAAAGAAAGCAUGGCUCUGCUCGGCCUGGUCUGGCUCGGCCCGACAACCCAAAGCUCUCUUCACUGCUCCAGGUUUCUCUCAGACAAUAAACACUUCAAUGAAAAUUCCCCCCUCCCCACGCCCCCCAAAAUGAUAUUGUUCACUGCCUCUUUUAGUUUAAUUAGUGACCCUGAUUGGUGUUUGUUUUCACUUUCUAAUUGGAGUCAAAAAUGUUCGACACAUAACUGUGGUUGAAAGUAAUUUAUAGUAAAUUCUCUUUAUGUCUGGAAAUGCCACUAACAUGGAUAUAUUAUGUAUUUAUCAUUUAGCUAUGUCUUGAAUAUAUUCAUUUAGAUAGUAACAUUGAAUGGGCGUUCUAUGUAUGCAAAGCUCUUAUAAAGACCCAUGGCAUUUCCCAUUAUAUAUAAAAAAAAUAUAUAUAUAUAUAUAUAUAUAUAUAUAUAUAUAUCCAAUACUGGCAUGUUGCGCACCAUAACUAGCAACUUAACACACACACACACACACACACACACACACACACACACACACACACACACACACACACACACAUAUAUUUGAUGGGCCUCUACUUUCAAAUCACACUUAGUUGAUCCUCUCUUCAAAAGGAAGCACGUGUGUGUGUACUGACCAGCACCUGCCCAGUUAUCACAAUGAUUUUCUAGUAAGAAAGAAGUAAUUUACACAGAGGGAACUGCAGUAUUUCUACUGGCUAUAUGCAUUUUGAGAUUUGUAUACUGCUGUGCCAUUUUUGUUUAUUUUGAAGAUUUUCCAAUAAAAUAGGUGAAAUGUC